GUCACGUGCCGGCCGCCGCGCAGCCAUUGGCUGCCGGGCACGGGGCCGGUUUGUGCCGCCGCUCGCCAUUGGCCGCGGCCGCGGGUGCCGCCGUAAGCGCGGUGGCCAUUGGCGGCGGCGCAGCAUGGCGAGCGCGGAGGGCUCCUGGCGGCCGCCGCGGUCGUGCGAGGACUACUGGGGGGAGUGGAAGCAUUGCCGCGGGCUGCGCCACGCCUUCCACCACUACUACGCGCACGGGGAGCUGCCGGAUUGCGGCCGCUGGCGGGAGGACUACGAGGCCUGCCGCGCCUGGGAGAGGAACCGCGCCGCCGCCGCGCAGGAAGCUUUGUGCAAGAGUGAAAGAGCUCGAGUAAUGGAAAAACAGAAAUAUGCUCCAGUGUGGAAGCUCAGGAAGAGCCCACCACCUGACUGCAGGCACCUUCUGAGGGCCUUUGCCCUACCAGCUGGCAUUAAGCACUUUUGGAACAAAGUACCCAGCCCAGGCCUGCCAGAUGAGGAAGAAAAACCAGCCUGGGACUCUUCCUUGCCAGCUCAGGACAAUCCCAGACACUGGCAUUUAAAAGACAUUUCCCAGAAUCAGGAUCAUGGUGAUUGAAGAGUUUCUCACCUGGGAGCUGCGCACCCUGAAACUGCCCCUUUGUUGAACUGUUCAAGUGGUGGUGUGUGUUGUGGCAGUAUUCAAAACUACUAAAAAAUAAAGGUUUAAACAAAUGGA